UCCGCAGCAUUAUGUUAAUGAGGGGCGGGCUGUGCAAAGUGCGUAGGUGACGUCAUCUCCGAGUUCGCUGAGAGUGAAACAAACAUGGCGACAGACUGGAGUGGAUGGCAGGGGUAUACGCUAACUUUAAUCGUUUUACUAUGGUGUACGGCGGGCACAGAAGCCGAGACGGGGUUCCAGGAGACCGGUAGCCCCACACAGGUCUUCGGCAUGCGGCUGGAGAGGAGCGACAAGCCGGCCACUACCACCGACGACGGGGUGAUCCAAGUAACAGAGGAGAGCAACAUCUUCAUGAGGUUCUACGGGCUGCAGAUUCUUCCUGACACCUCGUCACAGAUCAAGUUCAUGGAACAUGAACAUGUUGAUGUUACCAGCAGUAAUGCUCAUUUUAACAGGACUUGCGCCGAAUAUACCAAAGAUAUCGUUAUUCGGGGUGGCAUGAACGUGAGCCACCUCGGAACCUCUGGGGUGGUGAGUUUGAAAAUCAAGCCGCUACGGAAGCGCGAGCUCAAGAAGGAGUAUGGGCUCUGCGUCCGGGACAGUCAAGAUGGCAAGUGGUACCUGUUGGGUGAGGAUGACGGCAGGCUGCGAGUGGUUGAGGAAAAGAAAUCCAUGCUUCCCAUGUGGUUCCAGUGCAUCCUUAUCUGCGCUCUGUUGGUCCUGUCAGGUAUGUUCAGCGGGCUCAACCUGGGACUCAUGGCUUUGGAUCCUAUGGAGCUCCGGAUAGUCCAGAACUGCGGUACCGAAAAGGAGAAGAGGUACGCAAGCAAGAUCGAGCCAAUUCGGAGAAAAGGGAACUAUCUUUUAUGUUCGUUACUCCUGGGUAAUGUGCUAGUCAACACAACACUCACCAUCCUCCUGGAGGACUUGAUAGGGUCAGGUCUGGGAGCAGUGGUCGCCUCCACUAUAGGUAUUGUCAUAUUCGGGGAGAUCGUUCCCCAGGCGCUGUGCUCUCGCCACGGACUGGCUGUAGGAGCCAACACCAUCAUGGUGACCAAGUUCUUCAUGUUAGUGACCUUCCCCCUGUCAUGGCCCAUCAGUAAACUCCUGGACUGCAUCCUGGGCCAGGAGAUUGGCACCGUGUACAACAGGGAGAAGCUGGUGGAGAUGCUGAGAGUAACGGAACCGUACAAUGACCUGGUCAAAGAGGAACUCAACAUGAUCCAGGGCGCGCUUGAGCUCAGGACCAAAACCGUUGAAGAUGUCAUGACGCCGAUCAGUAAUUCCUUCAUGAUCCACAGCGAUGCCGUGUUGGACUUUAACACCAUGUCAGAGAUCAUGGAGAGCGGUUACACGCGCAUACCAGUGUUUGAGGAUGAGAGGUCCAACAUUGUGGAUAUCUUGUUUGUCAAGGACCUGGCUUUCGUUGAUCCGGAUGACUGUACGACGCUGAAGACCAUCACCAAGUUCUACAACCACCCGGUUCACUUCGUGUUCCAUGACACCAAGCUGGAUUCCAUGUUAGAGGAGUUCAAGAAAGGUAAGUCCCACCUGGCCAUCGUUCAGAAGGUGAAUAAUGAGGGCGAGGGGGAUCCGUUCUACGAGGUGCUGGGAUUGGUUACCUUGGAAGACGUCAUCGAGGAGAUCAUCAAAUCAGAGAUCCUGGACGAGUCGGACCUUUACACUGACAACAGCAGAAACAGGAAGAAGGUGGCACCCAAUAAGAACAAACGAGAUUUCUCCGCCUUCAAACAGAGCGAGAGCGAAUCCAAAGUCAAGAUCUCCCCUCAGCUGCUAUUGGCCGCUCACCGUUUCCUGGCAACAGAGGUGACAUUAUUCAGCCCGUCCCAGAUAUCGGACAAGGUUCUGUUGAGGAUUCUGAGACACCCAGACGUCAUCCAGGAGAUUAAGUUCAACGACAGUGACAAACGCUGUCCUCAACACUUUGUCUACCAGAGAGGGAAGGCUGUCGACUACUUCAUACUCAUACUGCAGGGUCGGGUGGAGGUGGAAGCUGGGAAUGAGAACAUGAAGUUUGAGACAGGACCCUUCUCCUACUACGGAGUCAUGGCCCUCAGUGCUCCCACGUUAGUGGUGUCAUCUCGUCCUCGUCACCUCUCUCUAAAGCGGUUCUCUCUGUUCUCCAGGUUGCCAGAGUUCCGCUCCCCGUCACACAUCAGUGGUUUGAACAGGACGGCGUCUCUGAGCGCUGCAGAUCGGACAGAGUCGGCGUCUGUCAGCGGCAGUAACAGCCAGCUCAACACUCAGUUCACUGUCCCCUCACCGUCAUACACACCUGACUUCUACGUACGAGCUCUCUCAGACCUGCAGUUCGUCAAGAUCACACGUGCCCAGUACCAGAACGGUCUGAUGGCGUCUCGUCUGGAUUCCUCCCCCCAGUCACCUGAUUGCGGCCACCCCCGUCUGGAGGGUACCCCGCCCCCCGUGGGCACCGCCACACUCGGCUUCCUAGCUGACGACACCCCCACUCCGGAGAAAAGCCCCCUCCUGGCUGACGAGACCACCUCUCUCCUCAACGAGCAGUACGGCCCCCUCCUGGCUGACGAGACCACCUCUCUCCUCAACGAGCAGAACUCUCUGCCUCACAACCACCACCACAACCAAUCAGAGAGCAGCAUAUGACACACACAAAAACACACUGACAUUAUGCCAAACUGUCUGGAGGAACGACUCUCCCCCCCAUUUUAAAAGUCAACCCUGUGGCUGGUAGUGUGUACAGUGUCAGCUAUCCCCCCUGUACCUCCUCUUCUUCCAGCAUGGUCAGCUAUCCCCCCUGUACCUCCUCUUCCAGCAUGGUCAGCUAUCCCCCCUGUACCUCCUCUUCUUCCAGCAUAGUCAGCUAUCCCCCCUGUACCUCCUCCUCUUCCAGCAUGGUCAGCUAUCCCCCCUGUACCUCCUCUUCUUCCAGCAUGGUCAGCUAUCCCCCCUGUACCUCCUCCUCUUCCAGCAUGGUCAGCUAUCACCCCUGUACCUCCUCUUCUUCCAGCAUGGUCAGCUAUCACCCUGUACCUCCUCUUCUUCCAGCAUGGUCAGCUAUCCCCCUGUACCUCCUCUUCUUCCAGCAUGGUCAGCUAUCACCCCUGUACCUCCUCUUCCAGCAUGGUCAGCUAUCACCCCUGUACCUCCUCCUCUUCCAGCAUGGUCAGCUAUCCCCCUGUACCUCCUCCUCUUCCAGCAUGGUCAGCUAUCCCCCUGUACCUCCUCUUCUUCCAGCAUGGUCAGCUAUCACCCGUGUACCUCCUCUUCCAGCAUGGUCAGCUAUCACCCUGUACCUCCUCCUCUUCCAGCAUGGUCAGCUAUCCCCCCUGUACCUCCUCUUCUUCCAGCAUGGUCAGCUAUCACCCCUGUACCUCCUCUUCUUCCAGCAUGGUCAGCUAUCACCCCUGUACCUCCUCCUCUUCCAGCAUGGUCAGCUAUCACCCCUGUACCUCCUCCUCUUCCAGCAUGGUCAGCUAUCCCCCCUGUACCUCCUCUUCUUCCAGCAUGGUCAGCUAUCCCCCCUGUACCUCCUCUUCUUCCAGCAUGGUCAGCUAUCACCCCUGUACCUCCUCUUCUUCCAGCAUGGUCAGCUAUCCCCCCUGUACCUCCUCUUCUUCCAGCAUGGUCAGCUAUCCCCCCCUGUACCUCCUCUUCUUCCAGCAUGGUCAGCUAUCCCCCCUGUACCCCCUCUUCCAGCAUGGUCAGCUAUCACCCUCCCCCCUCUUCCAGCAUGGUCAGCUAUCACCCUCUACCCCCUCUUCUUCCAGCAUGGUCAGCUAUCCCCCUGUACCCCCUCUUCUUCCAGCAUGGUCAGCUAUCACCCUCUACCCCCUCUUCCAGCAUGGUCAGCUAUCACCCUGUACCCCCUCUUCCAGCAUGGUCAGCUAUCCCCCUGUACCCCCUCUUCCAGCAUGGUCAGCUAUCCCCCUGUACCCCCUCUUCCAGCAUGGCACAAUGUCAUUAUUGGUCUGUCUGACUGCAAUGUCUGUGUGUUUCUGCAAAGUGUGUUCUGUCUGUCUGCAACGUGUGUGCGUGUGUGUGUGCGUGUGUGCAUACUGUAACAGAGUUAGGGACAGAGAUGUCAGAAGCUGUGCUGUUGGAGAGAAGGAGGCCAUGUGGAGGAAGGGGCAGAGCUAUGAGAGAGCAAAGUGGAGCGAGAUGGAGCAUAGAGAUAAUGUGACUUGGUAGUGGUGUUGGGCUCAACAGGACUGGACUGAGAGAGGUCCCCUAUGACCAUUUGUUUUCUAGACUGACUAAACAAGUGAUUUUUUUUAUAUGGAUUAACAGUUGUUUUUCUUCUCACUUUUCUAUAAAAAGUCCAUCAGUGUUUCAGAUAUAGACAGGUCGUAGCUAGGUACAGAUGCCUACAGGGAGAGGUGUGUGUGUGUGUGUGUGUGUCCUCCGCCUUGCUGUUUCCUGGUCUGCUCUGUCUCCACUGUAAAGCCACACCACUCAGGGAGACUGAAAUAAACAGAUAGAAGCACCAACAACAACAGCAUGUGUAGUAACCCCCAACCAUUAACUAACAGCAACAAUACAGCUAAAGACAAAGACCAAUCAGAACAAAGCAUGUCAAAGAGGAAACUAAUAUAUGUUAUAAAUAUGUAAUACGAUAUUGAAAAAGAAAAUGCUAUUUAUUAAUUCCAUUUAUGCUGAGAGAGGGGAAUAAGUGUCUGUCGGUUUGUAUUUGUGGAUAUUCAUGUCAAGGUGUAUAGUAGAUUAGUGGUCUUUAUGAGUUUCCUCAGACCUCUAUGGGGAAGGCAUCAAUAAAAGACAGCUAGUCUUUUAAUUAGAGGCUUCUCCUUUUCCCCAAAGAUGCCAAUGGAUUCAUCAGUGAUGGACCUCCAGUGUGUGUUGUAAGACAAUCAAUAUGAUGAUGAUGAAUGUGGCUGAUGUGUAGGGUACGUUACUAUAAAGGGGACAGAGAGCCCUUUCCUGCUUUCAGAUGGACUGGGGACUGGGGUCAGAGGCCCUGGGUCUAAGAUUUUGGGGUGGAAAAACUUAAAGGUUUGUUUCUGUCUGUGUGACCAAGUGGCAAUCACAUUCGGAACAGUAACCUAAUUAGAAAAAGGCCUCCUGUCCUGACAAAUAUACCUAUAUAUAUAUAUAUAAAAUAAUUGACUAUUUAUUUUGCAUAAAAUUCAAGUUGUAUAUUUUUGAGAUUUUUUUGGGUUCGUUUUUUUUGCGUUGUAAAUUUUGUUGUCUGUGUUUUAUAAUCUAGCGUUUUCAUUGAGAAUAUUGUCAUUAUCACGAUGAGAUUCCUUUUAAAUGUAGCAGUUGAACGCGGUGGUUGACAGCCAGUCCAGUGCACAGUGAAUCCAUUCUAUGCUUUAGUCCCUAGACCCAUCUCAUCAGUCCUAAAUCAUAUAUUAUAUUUCCCAGACCUGUCUUGCACAUUUGUCCAUGUAUCGAUCUAUUGAAUAACACUGUGAUAUUAUCAUUUUACCAAGGCUAUAGUAGUUGUCCAACUUAACAGCAUUUGUUUUACCAAAUAAUCAAUUCAUCUUUCCUCUCAAUUUUAUAUAAAAUGUUUUACACACAAAGAAAAGCACAGUAGCACUGCAGAUUGCACAACAAGGACACAGUCACCAAAGGGAUAUAUUCUCUGUCUAAAACAAUAUCUUUGUGCUGGACUGGUAUGGGCCAACCCUCACCUCCUUUAAAACAAGUGUUCACAUUGAUCAUGGAACCAGAACUGGACUGUAACUCUCCUGAAGGGGAAUGAUCAAGUACUUUUUUCUACAACUUUAUUUUUCAUUUUUAAUAGUUGGGAUGUGGUGUUGUUAUGAAGGAUGGGGAUGAAUUCUGUAAAAAAAAAAAAAAACGUUUAAAAAAAAUAAUAAAUUGGAAUGAUUCAGGGUUAAUAUCUUAUGUUGAACUGUAUGACUUGUUCAGAGCUAAUGUGACUCUGAGUGGUCUAGACAGACACAGGAAAUAUUAAAAAUAACUUCAAAUA